GAGAGUCCGUACAGCCUUUCCCCGCCAGCGUCCUCGCUCUUUGGCUCUUCGAGUUAACCUGGUCGUUUGCUACCGCUGAGGCCGCGUCUGCCGACGGAGGGACCCGCUCGGCGGCUCCUGGGUCCCUCUGCCUCAUUCGUCGAUGUGGCCCUGAUGGUGCGCCAGGCUCUGGACUCCUGAAUCUCGGGCGCGGUGUCGUAAUCCUGAUUGUUUGACAAAUGCCAGAACGCACCUCGGCAGCCUAGAACUAAUCUUGCAAACCGUUUCUACAGAAUUUAAGAAGAUUUUGUUCAUGUGUAUGGCAUAGAAGAUGAAUUCGUCCUCCUCCACGAUGAAUGAAGAACCUGAUGCUCUCUCGGUAGUUAACCAGCUCCGGGAUCUAGCAGCAGAUCCAUUAAAUAGAAGAGCCAUUGUCCAAGACCAGGGAUGUCUCCCUGGCCUUAUUUUGUUUAUGGAUCAUCCCAACCCCCCAGUUGUCCACUCAGCUUUGCUCGCUCUUCGGUACUUGGCAGAAUGCCGUGCUAACAGAGAAAAGAUGAAAGGAGAACUGGGGAUGAUGUUAAGUCUGCAAAAUGUUAUACAGAAGACUACGACUCCAGGAGAAACAAAACUGCUGGCUUCUGAAAUUUAUGAUAUUCUUCAGUCUUCCAAUAUGGCAGAUGGUGAUAGUUUCAAUGAAAUGAAUUCACGUAGAAGGAAAGCUCAGUUUUUUCUGGGAACUACAAACAAACGUGCCAAAACAGUGGUUUUGCACAUAGAUGGUCUUGAUGAUACGUCUCGGAGAAAUCUCUGUGAAGAGGCUUUGUUAAAAAUUAAAGGUGUUAUUAGCUUUACUUUUCAAAUGGCUGUUCAAAGAUGUGUGGUGCGGAUCCGUUCAGAUUUGAAAGCAGAGGCUUUGGCAUCAGCGAUAGCAUCAACCAAGGUUAUGAAGGCUCAGCAAGUUGUGAAAAGUGAAAGUGGCGAAGAGAUGCUGGUCCCAUUCCAAGAUACGCCUGUGGAAGUCGAACAGAACACAGAACUGCCCGACUACCUGCCUGAGGAUGAGAGUCCCACAAAGGAACAAGACAAAGCAGUGUCCCGGGUCGGUUCACACCCAGAGGGUGGAGCCAGCUGGCUCAGCACAGCUGCAAACUUUUUAUCCAGAUCAUUUUACUGGUGACUUCACUUUGGGUCUCAAGGACUGUAUGAACCAACAAGGGGCCAGUUUUCCAUUGUUGUGGUGAACUGUCAAGUGCAAUUUGCAAUAAGUUAUCAUGAAAAGUUUUUAGAUUACAUGAUUGCGUAUGCUGCAUUUUACAUUUUAUUGGACAUUUUGCCCCACUCAGUGGUAAAAAGGACAGAGGCUACAGGUGGAUAUCUUUGUUGAUGAAGGUAUUUUGGUUUUGUUUUCCUUUAUUUGCCUCACUUUUUUAAAAAAAUGGGUCCACUGUUAAACCAAACAUAUGUAUGUGCAGCUUUACCUUUUAUUUUACGAGAAGCACAUGAUUAGGAAAACUCAUUUUCUCCUCAAGCCUCAGGACCUAUCUGAAGAGAAGCUUAUUUUUUUUUUUUUUUUAAGCUCAAGUUGUGCAUGAAUUACUGAACAUUUUUCUCUGCUUUUCUUUAUGAAAGAUAUUUGCUUUGGUAAUCUUCACUGAAAUUGAAAACCUUUCUCAUUAUCCCCCUCUUGUGCCUUUUUUAUUUUGCCAACCAUGUUUAUAGGAAGAACAUUACUAUAGAGACAUUUUGUGAAUUAAAAUAUAUCCAUAUGAACAUAGUAGUCCCCUAAAACCACAAGUCUACAAAAACUUUGCAAUCUUACUUGUUGUAAUUUUAAUAGGAUCAACACAAAAUCAGCCAAGAAGAAGGAAAUGUGUUUAUUAGCAAAGUACUGUUGGAAACUGUUUGAACGUGAUCAGCUGUGGUUCCAGUUGACUAUUGUUCAGUUUGGUUUAUAUCAGCUCUUAAGAGUUACAUCCAGCAUAGUACUGGAAGCAGCUGUAGGUGGUCUCUAGGCCUUACUUUGUGGUCAUAUACUGUCCCUCGCUAGGUUAAAAAAUAGUAAAGAACUGACAAACUUGAAAAAAGAAAACAAAAAUUGAAUGCCUAUAAUGCCUUAGUGCCAUUUGGUAGAGUCUAACCUUAAAACAUGAAUUGCUUGGCAUCUGCCUAUUCGGUAGGCGUUUCCUUGUAUUGCCUUUUGUGAAUUUAUUAUGAACAUGCAGUCGUACUGAAUGAAAAAAAAAAAGA